AUGCCCGUCGACUUUCCCACCAUCACCCAAGGACCUGGUGUGCGUUACACCAUCGGGACAGUGUCCUAUCAACUGCAACCCUCCACCCCCCGCGUCCCCCGUGAUACCUCGAGACGAACUCGCCCAAUGUUACUCAGGCUGUGUCAAUGCCAAUUCCGAAUGCAACGGCUGCUAAAUUUGAGUUCGGCUGCUGACAUGGACGGAGGAUUCCGGCUUGGUCAGGAUACACUCAGAAAAAGGGGGAGUAGGGAUACAGGAACACUUGCGAUGAACAGUGUCUCCACGCGCUCCAAGGAGCAGAUUCAUAUACAUGUAUGUGAUCAUCCUGGGAGUACUGUGCGUGGGAUUCUUAAUAAGCUGCAUCGGGAUAGUUUCAAGACGACAUCGUCGGUCGACCUAUCUGCCCUUCCUUGGCCGAGUGCUGCUAUGUCCUGUCGGGCGUCGCCUACCAGGGAUGAGGACAUCAACACGGGUCGUGAUAUUGUUGAUUGGCUGAAGCAGUAUGCUGGCAUGACGACCUGUGCUCAAUAUGAUGUCGGUGCUGGGGUUCUCACUGAUAGUGAUGGUCACUCUUGGGCUUGUAUUACUACGGGUCAUAGGGCUGCUGGGAAUCUGUUUUGCAGUGAUUGA